AUGGGUGACCCACCGUCCGCUCGCUACCCCGUGUGGCUCAACGCCCUUGGUUUGACCUACGUGCUCUUUACCGUUGGUCUUAGCAUUGGUAUCAUGUACAUCAUGUCGACCUACCUCGCCAACGACUUGUUUUGGCCCGACUUUGUCGUGAGUGGGAUGCAAAAUGCCAUCAUCGACUUCUUCAACAGCCGCCUCGCCCUCAACGCCACGUCGCUCGAGCUCCUCAACCCGGCCUUUGCUCUGCCCACACUAUAUGACAACUCGGCCAUGCCGCUCAGCAUUUACGAGGCGUACCCACGCCUGGUGCUCUACGCCGAGCUCCAGGCGAUGGAGAAAGCGAUUGCGAGUCUUCGGGAACUCCUUGCGACCGAGGUGACGCACAUGAUCACGCAGUACUGCUGGGUCGACUUGCAGCAGCGCUGGGAACUCGGCCACUCCCGCAAGCGUCAAGCACGGUGCGUGGCCAACGACAAGGCGAAUGCAGCCGUGUACCUCGAAGCCGUCGGGCGCAACAUUGACUUUGGCUCGUGGGUCCCGAUCUACCGAGGCUUUUUCAACAAUUUGAUUGUGAGCGCGCUCGUCCGAUCGCCGGGCGGCUACCCGUGGGUGCAAUACAUGCUGUCGCACGCGUGGGUACCGAUACCAGACGAAGUGGCCUUUUGGAAAUCCCAUCAGCUCACGUACUUUGAGCUGCAAUGGAGCACGAUUCGUCAAACCGGUUUAACCGAAACGAUUGGCAUUGAGAAUGCGCUGGGGAUGACGACGCGCGUGACGAUCAAGCGCAUUACGCCCGUGGACCGCUACGCGCUCUGGACAACGCACUCGAUAGUCUGGUUCUGA